UGAGAGACGACAGCCUUGUGACGGUUCUGCAGCAGAACCUGACCGGUACCAACAUGUUCCGCUUCCCGUUCCCGGCGCUGUGGCAGAAAAAGGAAAAAAAGGAAAACCAGGAGAUCAUGGUCCAGUCGCUGGAGCUUUCCCAGAACCAGCCCUGCGGUGAAGAUGAGACCAUGGUUCCGGUACUGACGUCCAGAAAAGCCUCAGAACUCCCAGUUAAUGAAGUAGCGUGCGUCCUGCAGGCAGACUUGCAGGCCGGUCUGACCCAGGAGGAAGUGACCCGGCGGAGGGUCUACCACGGCUGGAACGAGUUCGACAUCAGUGAAGACGAGCCGCUAUGGAGGAAGUACAUCUCCCAGUUCAAAGAUCCUCUCAUCCUGCUGCUGCUCGCCUCGGCCGUCAUCAGCGUCGUCAUGCACCAGUUAGAUGACGCCAUCAGCAUCACCGUGGCCAUCAUCAUCGUGGUGACGGUCGCCUUCGUGCAGGAAUACCGCUCAGAGAAAUCGUUGGAGGAGCUGGGGAAACUGGUGCCUCCAGAAUGUCACUGCAUUAGGGACGGACAGUUGGAGCACCAGCUGGCCCGGGACCUGGUUCCUGGAGACACCGUGUGCCUGUCGGUGGGGGAGCGGGUCCCUGCGGACCUGCGGCUGUAUGAGGCGAGCGACCUGUCCAUCGAUGAGUCCAGCCUGACAGGGGAGACCCACCCCAGCUCCAAGUCCACGACCCCCCAGCCGCCCGCCUCCAAUGGGAACAUCGCCUCCCGCAGCAACAUCGCCUUCAUGGGGACGCUGGUUCGCUGUGGCAAAGCCAAGGGCAUCGUCAUCGGAACUGGAGAGAACUCUGAGUUCGGGGAGGUUUUCAAGAUGAUGCAGGCGGAGGAGGCUCCUAAGACUCCCCUCCAGAAGAGCAUGGACCUGCUGGGGAAGCAGCUGUCGCUUUACUCCUUCGGCAUCAUCGGGGUCAUCAUGCUGGUGGGCUGGCUGCAGGGGAAGAGGAUCCUGGACAUGUUCACCAUCGGCGUCAGCCUGGCGGUGGCGGCCAUCCCAGAGGGUCUGCCCAUCGUGGUGACGGUGACGCUGGCGCUCGGCGUGAUGCGCAUGGUGAAGAAGAGAGCCAUCGUCAAGAAGCUUCCCAUCGUGGAGACUCUGAGCUGCUGCAAUGUGAUCUGCUCAGACAAGACGGGAACGCUGACCAAGAACGAGAUGACUGUGACCCAGGUCUUCACCUCAGACGGACUCCAUGCUGAGGUGACAGGCGUGGGCUACAACGGGACCGGAGAGGUGCUGCUGGACGGAGAGGUGGUCCACGGCCUCGCCUGCCCUUCCAUCAGUAAAGUUGUGGAGGUGGGCUGCGUGUGCAACGACUCGGUCAUCAGGAACCAGAACCUGCUGGGGCGUCCCACAGAGGGCGCGCUCAUCGCCCUCGCCAUGAAGAUGGGUCUGGAGAGCGUUCAGCAGGAGUUCAUCCGUCUGGAGGAGCAUCCCUUCACCUCCGAGCAGAAAUGGAUGGCUGUUCGCUGCGUCCACCGCACACAGCAGGAUAAAAGCGGAGUCUACUUCAUGAAGGGCGCCUAUGAGCAGGUGAUCCGUUUCUGCAGCAGCUACAACAGCAGAGGCUCCAACCUUCCUCUGACCCACCAGCAGAGGGAGCUCUACCAGCAGCAGAUCAGCUACAUGGGCACCUCAGGCCUCAGAGUGCUGGGGUUCGCCUCGGGUUCCCAGAUGGGGAGCCUGACCUUCCUGGGCCUGGUGGGCAUCAUCGACCCGCCCAGGGAAGGGGUCAAAGAGGCCGUCGCUACGCUGCUCAACUCCGGGGUCGCCAUCAAGAUGAUCACUGGAGACUCCCAGGAGACGGCCGUGUCGAUAGCGAACCGUCUGGGCCUCUACUCCAAAGGAUGCCAGUGUUUAUCAGGAGAGGAGGUGGACCAUCUGGACCUGCAGGAGCUGUCCAACAUCGUUCCUCAGGUGGGUGUGUUCUACCGGGCCAGCCCCAGACACAAGCUGAAGAUCGUCAAGUCUCUCCAGAACCUCGGUGCCGUGGUGGCGAUGACUGGCGACGGCGUAAAUGACGCCGUGGCGCUGAAGGCGGCCGACAUCGGAGUGGCGAUGGGCCAGACGGGCACCGACGUCUGCAAGGAGGCGGCAGACAUGAUCCUGGUGGACGACGACUUCCAGACCAUCAUGUCGGCUAUCGAGGAAGGAAAAGGAAUCUACAACAACAUCAAGAACUUUGUCCGCUUCCAGCUGAGCACGAGCAUUGCAGCGCUGACGCUCAUCUCCCUGGCAACGCUGAUGAACUUCCCCAACCCUCUGAACGCCAUGCAGAUCCUGUGGAUCAACAUCAUCAUGGACGGACCGCCCGCUCAGAGGUACAGCAGCAUCAUGGGAAAUGGAGUCUUUGUAUUGUUACAUGUAACUUUUCUGACUAAUUAUGGACAGCAUCAGCUAAAUGUGGCCUCUGUAUGCAGUUUGGGGGUGGAGCCUGUGGAUCGUGAUGUCAUCAGGAAGCCGCCUCGCAACGUGAAGGACACCAUCCUGACCCGCAGCCUGCUGGUCAAGGUUCUGGUGUCAGCCUUCAUCAUUGUCUGCGGGACGCUGUUUGUCUUCUGGAGGGAGUUGCAGGACAACGUGAUCACUCCUCGAGACACCACCAUGACCUUCACCUGCUUCGUCUUCUUCGACAUGUUCAACGCUCUGAGCUCGCGCUCUCAGACCCGCAUGGUCCAUGAGAUGGGCCUGUGCAGCAACAGGACGUUCUGCUACGCCGUCCUGGCCUCCAUCAUGGGGCAGCUGCUCGUCAUCUACUUCCCUCCACUGCAGAGCGUCUUCCUGACGGAGAGCCUCAGCAUCCUGGACCUGCUGUUCCUGCUCAGCCUCACCUCCUCGGUAUGCGUGGUGUCAGAGGUCAUCAAGAAGGUGGAGCGGUGCCGAGGAGCUGAGCGCCGCCCCCCCUCCGACUGCUCCCUGGAGGUAUGAGCCGCCCCCCGUUCUCUGGCUGCUGAUUGGAGGAAGAGGACUUCGGGGAUCUCACCUGGCAGCACUGACUCUUUUCCUGCGAGAUUCUCCAACGGAGCGACGCUCCGGUCUGGGACUGGCCGCAGCGCCGGCUUUAGUGGACUGGGAUUAAGAAUUGGGAGGACUGGUUUGUUAAACGCUGCUUUGCUUUGAACCUUUUUGAUUCUGGUGGAGGUGUAACCGUUCAGUUUGGACUCUGAGGGACCCCAUGGGGUCAAGGGUCAGGGUUUAUUUAAUUACUGGAACAUUCCACUGGGAUCUGAUGCUGGGAAGCUGACUGGGACCAGUGAAGCUGGUCCUGAGCUCUGUGAGCUGAGCUGGACCAGAACCGCUUGGAUGUUACUCCGGGUUCAAAUCAUUCCAUGUUUUUAAUCGUUGGGAAUUUCUGCUGAAGCUCCGCCCCUUUUUUGUAGCGCCGCCCGUUUCUAAGCCCCGCCCACUUCGAAGCUCCGCCCCAUUUUGGGAUAAAUAUUUGUUUCUUGUUGCUCUGCUGGUUGUUUGGUUCUGAUCCAGCUGAAUUAUGGAUCCGGAUCCGUUCAUUACCCACACUACUGCUGGUUGAGUCACACUAAGGACCCGGAAGCCGGAUCUCGGAUUGGAUUGUCAGAGCAUCAACAGCGUACGAUUAAACUUCCACCAGGCCGGUCCGGUUCCGGUUCUGCUCACCUCGACCCGCCGGGUCCGGAGCAGCUCCAGUUUAUUCCCAUGAAAACGUUUCUGAUACCAAACCUGCGGCUCUUCAGGGUCCAAACGGCAACGCUUCCUCUUCUGGUGCCUUAGAAGCCCUGGACGGUUCGACGGACUUCCUGCUUCCUGUGGUCUGUAGAGAGGAGACGCCCCGGUGCAUUCUGGGUCAUCUGGGGCCAUCUCUGUACGGUUUUAUUUAUUUCUGAACGUCUCUGCUGCUGUUUCCCAAAAACAAAGCUCCAGUUUCCUCUGGGCUGCUGCUUCCCGCUGCAGGCUCCUCCCACUCCUGAUAAACUCUGUUUACUUUUAGUUUUUCUAGUUUUCACCCUUUUAAUAUUUUUAUGAUCAGGCAUACAAGCCAGAAUAAUCGUUUAAUUUAUAAAUAAAUAUUGAUGCGGGACUAUUUUUAUCUUGACUCGUCUCAGUGGAGAAAAUGUGGUGGAAGAAAUAAAAAUAUAAUCAGUAAAA